AUGAAAGUUGGCGUUAUCCCUUACCAGGCGGCAGAUGUGGUGCGGGACGAUACUGUAGGGCAUGAAAGACCAAAGUUUCCGGCUGUGCAAAAGACCCAUGAGAUUGGUGAUAUGGAGUUCGUUAAACCGGAAGAUAUACCAUUGAAUAGGAGAAAUUUCGUGUACCGAAAAUGUGCAGCGAAUCCUCAUUUUACCGAGCUUGGUUAUUGUUGUACAGAGUACCCAUUUGAAGGAGCUGGGAUGGAUCUAAUGGACCGUUCGGACGGUAUGUCGCUAAUUCAAGAUGGGAAUGAUACUGUCAGUGUUGGCGAGUCGUUGGGAUGGAGGACUUCCAGAUGCAGUGUUGCGUUGAAGGAAGGAGAAGCCUAUUGGGAAGUCGAAGUAGUACGAGGUGGCCUAGACGAGCCGUUUGACGAAGGUGUUUCGUUACAGAGGAGGAAAGAUAUAUUAAAUACGAUACCGCACUUGAGGAUUGGGAUCUGCAGACCUGAAGCAUCAUUAGAAGCACCUGUUGGAUGUGAUUCAUACGGGUAUGGGAUUAGAGAUCACUCAAUGGAGUCCAUACAUGAGGGAGAAGUUAAACAGACAUUGCCAACAGGUUCAUUGAAGCCGGGAGAUAGGCUUGGAUUCUUGUUGAGACUACCAAGUCUUGAAUAUCAGAAACGACAGGCGCAAGAAUAUACACAACACAGAUUGGAAGCGCUAACAUACCAUGGUACUGCGACUACAACUGAACUAGAUGAUCAUGGGUUGAAUCGCAAAAGAGUUAAGAAAGCAGGAUCGAAUAUCGAAUUUCAAAAAGCUUUGCUAGAAGAUAUAGAUCAUACCAAUGUGAUACGAGAUCAUAUAGCCAUUCGUUACAAGAACCAGCUUUUCUUUGAGGCUACGGAUUAUAUCAAAACUACGAAACCAGAAUACUAUUCAUCGGACAAGCGAGAAAGACAAGACUAUUACCAUUUAACAGACUCGUACCUCGCCGUUUUUCUAAAUGGGAAGCCUUUAGGUCAAGCUUUCAAAGAUUUGAAGCCAUUUCUACCGCCAUUUAGCGAACUACAAUACCGAGAGAAAUUCUUCUUGAAUUAUUGGCGUCACGGAGAUACCUCCAAGAACACUCUAACGAAGAAGGGGCAAUUGCUGAGAAACAAGUACGUGAAUAACGGCAGACUAGGUUACUACCCUACAAUAAGUUGUUUCAACGGUGGAACAGCAAGAAUUAUCACCAGUCCUUCAAGACUACAAUACUACGACCAGAUCAAAAGUACACACCCUGACGCUAAGACUUUAGAGACGUUCUACCAGGAACAAAUUGCCGAUGAUAUCGUUUGGGACUUAGUUGAUGAAGUUGAAGAAGAGUUGAUGGUCACGCCGCACGGAGGCGCUGCGGAAUCAAAGGGAGAGUUAUAA